AUUUGUAGACUAACCAUAAUACAAGUUUAUUGGAAUUAAAAGGGUUCCAGAUCUCACAAAUUGCUGCUGAUCCUAUAGGACGUUGUGUUGCAUUAUGUGGGUUAGAUCAAUCGAUUACCGAGUUAAAUUGGUUGUUUUCUAGUUUCAAUAUGAAACAAUCUGCUAGGACUAAAUUAUCUGCUGACAAAUUUAACUCCUUUUAUUCACUAAUUGUGAUUAAAAGUAACAAUUGAAGAAAGAUUUUCACUGCCCAAUGAAUGAAACUGAUGAACUUGUAAUAUGCCCAUUGAAACAUCCUUCACAGUACAGUGCAUUUUCCUUACCUUCAAAGUUAGGAUGCUCUGGACUUGCUUGGCAUCCAAACGAUCAUACAAAACUUGCGAUUGCACGUUCUAAUAAAUGUGAACUUCUUCUUUGGGAUGUCAAUGAAUGUCGAUUAAGUACAAACACUAGUCUGGGUGGAUAUGUUCGUGUGAUCAAUUCACUGGAUUGGAGUCCAGUUCAUCCAUUUCUUAUAGCUACUACAUCCGCAGAUCAGUUUCGUGCCAUUUGUGUUUGGGAUUUAAGGGAUAUGUCACGACCAGUUCGAUCUAUGGAAUCUCUUUCUUCACCAAUUAUUGUCAAGUGGAAUAGAUUUUUAAGUGAAAAAUUUGCAACCUGUCACUCAUCGGGUGUUCGUACUUGGGAUUUGCGGUCUAAUGUUCCAGAACAGUACAUCUCUGUACAAGCUGAUCACGUUCGUGAUUUCGAUUGGUCGCCUCAGAAUGUCAAUCAAAUGGUGACAGUCAGUGAAUAUUCUGAAAUGCGUCUAUGGGAUACUGAAAAUCCUUCAUAUCCUCUGAAAAAGGUCCGAUUUCAUGAAAUAAAACUGAAGAAAGUAAUUUAUACUCCUUCAGGUGAUCAUAUUAUUGUUUUACCGGAGCAGUCUCAUUGGUCAGUUCACGGGAUAUCUGUGUGGUCUAGUGCUGGUUUGACACAAUCUCAUGAUUUAUUCCAAGUAAUGGAAAGCCAUGAUAAUAGUGACACUAAUAACAAUGGAAUUACUGUCAAUAAAACGUCUGUUAAUAGUAUAGUGAAUUCAAACAACAAUAAUAAUAAUGGUAAUAGUAAUAAUAAUCACAUAAAUGAUCAGCAGAUUUGUCAACCACGUUCUACAGAUUCAUAUAUAUUAGAUAUGAAUUGGUUGAUAUGCUCCUCUUCAAAUCUCCCAUUUUCUCCACUGACAACGACAGAUGAUCAUGAAUUAACGACAAAUUUUAUUCUGGAUAAUGAAAUAUCGACAGCAAAUCAAAAUUUAGAAUAUUGUCCUAAAAAAAAUGUACAUUUACUUACUUGGUCAAUGGAUAAUAUACUUCGUGUUUACCCAAUUCAUUUUAAAUCAAUUUCACAUCAUGAUAAUGAACCAUUAUCAAAUCAAGCAAAUAAACAAACAAGGAUAAUAAAAGAAAAAUCAGAAAAUUUAUUAGAUGAUAAAUUAUCAACGAAUUUCAAUCCAAAGACAAAUCAAUCAAAGAAGUUUAGUAAUACUUCGACAAACAAUUUAAAUAAACUAAAGGUUGUUGACCUGCAACAUCGUGGUGAAGAUUUUGGCCAACGUUCUUCCGUCUCCAAAUCAUGUUUAUCUAUUUCGAAAAGUGGAUCGAAUGCAGAUCCUAAAUGUGGAAAUCAAGAAGAUAGUGCAUUCCAAUUUCUCGCUCAAGAAUUAUCUCUGUUAAGCCAUAGAGCUGGACAAUAUAAGUUAGAAGAAAUGGAUCUUAUCAAUCGUACAGCUAAAUUAAUUUUAUUUUACUGUCGUCGUAAUCAUCAUCAUCAUUAUUCACUAUGUUCAGUAACUAAUACACUUCGAAGACGACGUCAUAGUUCUGUAAUGAAUAAUGAAGGUCUUGAUAGUCUAUUAUUACCUCCAACUGCUGAUCUAAUUUCACAAAUGGAAUUUUCUGAACAUUCAAAUUUUUGGAAAGUACACCAUCGUAAUUUAUCAUCAACAACUGAUACUGAACGUACAAUAUCGAAUCGGACUAGCAUUAGUAAUAGUGCUGUUAGUGUUGAUAAUGAAGAGAGUACACAUUUAACAAAUUAUCCAUCAAAUCACCCAUUUACUUUAACCUUUGAUAAUAGUCAUGAAUUAGAAAAUUCGACGACUAACAAUACACAUAACUAUGAAAUGCCAUUAGCUGGUUCAAUAAUAUUAAGUAUAGAAUUCCCUGAUUAUUAUCCAUUAAAUGGAGCUAUACCAGAAUUUCAUGUACUUGAUUGCAGUCCACCCUUACCUCCAGAAGUAUUAGAUGAAUUAAAGGAUGUUUUAUAUUCAACUGCAUCUGAACUAGUGUCCACCUCGCGUGGUUGUGUUGAACCGUGUAUACGAAAUGCCGUGAUCACUUUACAAACAUAUCCUACGUUAUGUAAUCAAAUAGAAAAUAAUUCUAAAAAAUUAAACCUAACAAAUUUAUCUACUACUAAUUAUGAUAUGCUUAAUGUUAAUAUGGAUACACUGAACAAACCAAUUAUUGAUACAACAGCUUCAAUGAAACAAAAAUGUCAUUAUACAAUAGGUAUUCCUUUCCCAAGAACAUCUGGUGUUCAUUUUACCACGAAUGGUCUAAUUGUAACAUUCGGUCUACCAGAAUCUUUGUCAUUUAUACGUAAUUCUAUAAAAUCAACUUCAUCAGAUGAUAAAUGUCAAGUAGAGUUAACAAAUAAUAAUAAUAAUGACACAAAAAAAGAUUGGACACCACAAUCAUUUAGUGAAUAUCAAACAUUUAUCCAACGAUUUUCAUCAGCAAAUCGUGAAUAUAAUGAUGAUAUGAGAAGAUCAUUUCAGAAUUGUAUUGGAAAUAUAAUUGAUUCAUUUGCUAGAUUUGAGGUAGAUUGUAAAGAACAACAACGACAACAGCAUCAACCUCAUAAGAAACAGAAAAUUAUCACUGAACUAAUUGACAGAAAUAGGUUAUCUUUUAAAAUGAAUGUAGAACUUAACCAAAAUUCAAUGAAUUCAACAGAUAAUGAUGCUGAAGUAAAGAAAAAUUCGUUUGAGUCUGCUUGUGUGACGGAACAAAAAUGGUUCAAUUCCAUUUCAACAACACAUCCUAACUCUCCUGAUGUGCAGAAUCCAACUGAAAUUUUCCUCAGUCAUUUCAGUAUGAUUUAUCCAUCUACUAUUCAAAUUUAUGACAUGAGCCCUUUAAUUUGGGACCGGCAUUUAAUGUAUGAUUACAGCUUAAACACCGAAAAUUUACAACAGAUGUGCAUUCACAAUCUUCGUGCAGUUUAUAAUACUCAUCGAAAGGAUCUUAUUCGAUUCUGGCAAUAUGCUCUAGUUAUGUCGAUCUCACUUAGUCACACAGAUCAUUCUCACCAAGUUUAUCAACCUUUAGCUUCACAAUUAAUUGGUAGACCGUUAUUUGAUACAUGGAUUCGACAUUUCCUUCGUAUACAUGAUGUUCAAAGCUUGGCAAUGUUGGUUCUUGUACUUCAAAGUUUAAAUCAUAUCAAUGAACUGAAAUUCGACAAAGUUGAUGACUCAAAUAUUUCACUAAAUAAACUCGAGAACAGUAAGUUGUGCAGUUUUAUGCCGAUAUUACUGGGAUAUUUUGUAGAGGUAGAUCCUACAGACGUUUUAAGAGGAAUGGUCUAGGUAACUGUUAAAUCUAAUAAUCUGAUAAUAGAAAUACUAAUAACAUUUGGAUGGUACUCCAGUGAUACUGAAAUUGCAUUGACUAACAAUAAUUCUAGGCUUCUCAUACAUGUUAACUAGAACUUAUUUGAUUAAUGAAGAAAUCGGGUAGACUAGAAUUAAAUAACCCCAAAGUCAAAGAGGCAUUUGCUUGGGAAGUUUAAUCCACAAAUAUAAAACUAGCAUUUGUUGUACAUAUUAUUUCUUUACAUAUUUUAAAGAACCUCAAAACGAGCGUCAGUAAUGCGACAAAAUUAUAUUAUCUCUGUGUUUUUGUUCAACACUAAAGUUGAUGCUGGUCAUUGCCUUGUCUAGUCCGUAGUACGAUUUGUUGCAAUGCAGUUACUAGUAGUUUCAUAUCAGCUCCUUUUCUUCUUACCACUUUUCAUGUAAUUUUCCUCAACAGAGUAUACCGAUUGUUUCAGCAAUAUAAUUGAUGACAAUGUUAGUCUGUUACAUAUAUCAAUAUACUAACGAGCUAUUCAGCCAAAUAUCCGUUUUCAGUGAAUAAAUUUCAAUGCAUCUAUCACUUUAGCUUCAGCAGAUCCAUGAAAUAACCCUCUUGUGUCAACACAUUUAAUGGUUUUCAUAAGUAAUAUUUAGUGAUUGUCUGAGACAAACUAUACAUGUUAAAUACCUUUCUAUAUCUGGGUGCGUAUCCCUGAUGAGAAGUUAUACCAUUUUCAUUGUUAGCCAAUGGGUGUGCUCUUGUUUUUAUUUAUGAUUUGCGAACUUUGUAAGCCAAAAUUAAAUAAAAUGUCCCUCUUCACCUAUCACUCUAUGAACAGUAACUUAUGGAUCUUUAAUUAAUCGAACAUCAUUAUCAAGUCAUUUGUACACUCAAACAAUAUUUUUAUUUUAAUGGUUAUUUGAUAUAAUCUGAUAGGAAAAUGUUACUUUUUAUACUAGCUAUUACUUCACUGUCAUCUGUGAACAACUUUUUGGAGACAUAUUCAUUAUAUCACAUGAAUGAGUCAGAAAAGACAAUAAAUCUUUUAGGAUGCAAUACAGUUGCCAGUUCUUCAUUAGAACAACAAGUGUCAUUUACCUUAGAUAACUCUGAUGAAACACAGAGUGAAUUUAGUUUGGUAUCUGGCCAGUCAAACGAAAAUAUGAACGGUUGUCCAAUAGAACAACUUCCUCCAAAGGAAUUAUCGAUCAAUUCAAUUUGUGCUUAUCAAUCAAGGUUGUUUGUUCUUGUAGAUUAAACAUAAUGGUAUUAUGCUUGCUAUUUUUUCCUCAAAGUUUUCCUUAUGAUCCUCUAUCAAUCCACCUUGUAUUAAAGAAUUGGACUUUCCUAUUGAUUUGGUACUUGACAUGAGUCAUUUUCUCCUUCAGCUGGAUUUUUUGAGUACAUGUGAUUGUAACGGAAAUCAGUCAGACAUCAAAUCUAGGAUUUGUCACAAAUUUUGCCAUUUCGCUAAGUCGUUUCAGUAAAGCGGAAUGAUAUCGCCAAGAAUUUCAGUGGAGUCAAAACGAAAGCCAAUGACUUCCUAGAUCUGUAUCACUUCUUGGAUUUUCCGCCCUUUGUGUUUUUUCGGAUAUAUUCUUAGACUCAACAUGUUUAUAACUACGCGACGCUAGAAAUUGAAAAACGAGUGUGCUUGAGAUACAUAUAUUUGGUGCGUUCGUAGAAGCAAUCAUACAGUAAGAACAGUAAAUGUGCGUUAUUUGGAUUAUCAGAUAAGUAAGUAUGUACAGACUUACAGACAGCUCAUAUAUAAAGAUAUACAAUUCGGUUAAUAUAAUUAACGAGGACACGUUUAAUUAUUUCUGAGAAGCAUAGAAUUAUUAAGAUGAUAAAAAUGUUGUCUGGAGUGUUAUUAUUAUUACCAUUGUUAUAUGUUUGAUUAAGGAUAAAUCCACAUAGACGUAUACAAAAUCAUUACAUCCUCAACCUACUUGGCUGAUGAUACCGUCUUUAUGCUGUAGUAUGAUAUGUCUGUCAUCAUCAGCUCUAAAUUUCGUGAUAUUUAUCAGUAUAAUUUACUUUUUAGACCGUUUAUAAAUUCCUUUUGAUUUAAUCCAAUGCAAUCAACAUUAUAACUACUGAGUUUCUUCAAUCUUGAGGUAGCUUACUUUAUCAUGAUAAAUUCAUCAAACUUUAGAGAUACGGUUUUUUAUUUAUAUUAAACACAUUUCACUUCUUUGAAAUUCAAUAUUAUUUUAUCUUUGAGCUAGUAAAUAUUUAAUUAUUAUUUCCCUAAUCCUUGUAUGUUUUAGAUUUGUGCAUCCAAAGGAUUUGUUUUCAUUCGAUCACUACAUUUAUGUUUACGCUAGCAUUAUUUACUCUCUACGCGAAUACAUUUUACACGCUCAUCUUCUUCGAUCUUGGUCGUACAAUAUUCGUACAAAUUCAUUUACCCACAUAUGGCCUUACGUUCAAACAAAUGCUAUGAUUCUACUUUCAUGUCCAGACAUGAGAUGCAGUUCUAACUUAGUUCCUAAACACUCCAAUGGAUCUCUUAAGUCUGCACAGUGUACACAUUGUCAAUGGGAGGUGAAUUUGGAGAAUCAGCAAUCUACUACAGGCCCUCAGAAACCGCAGAGAUUGUUAAUUUGUACUGUAUGCCGAAAUAGCUGCAAAGGACUUGUGUUAGUGUGUCCACUAUGUAGUCAUGGUGGACAUGUACAUCAUGUUUCCACAUGGUUUAACUCAGUUGGUAGAACUAAUUUACCUAGACAAUGUCCCUUCAUUAAUUGUGAGUGUUUUUGUUUUUUCAGUGAAAUGUAUUCAACUCAAAAGGUAUGAGAUCAAAAAGAAUUUCUGAGAGAUAUAAACUUAUUAACAUAGUAGUAGGGGAAUGCUGGUUAAUGUACACUGUAUUUAUCGAUUCUUUAUUAUUUUGGAGAGUAUUCAAAUAUUCAUUGUUAUUCUAUGUAUUAUUUUCUCCCUGAAAAAUAUAUAGGUGCAUGCGAUAAUUUUUAAACCGAUUUGUCUAAUUCCUGAUUGAUGAGGAUGUCCAUUUCGCUAAAAACCACUCGUGAUACCAUUAUUGUAAUUUAUUUUGCACAAUAUCAAACUAAUUUUUAGCCUCCAAACCUACACGCGCUACAUGCCGUUAAUUACUUUCUGCUGUUCAAUGUAGUCUCUGGUUUUUAGACUGCAGAUUUUGGUAAACGACUUUAUUAAUUUUUUUACAAAGUCGUUGCCAAUAAAUGUAUAUGCAACAACUGAAUAACUAACUAAUUUUUUCGCUUAUCUAAUAAAUUUUCCGACUAAGACUUGAUUUCUCCAUCUUUUACGCAACUGAAGAGCAGAAAAUGUUAUCUUUGUUCACUGUUCAUUAGUAUUUAAAAAUAAACUUUUCACACUUUUUAUCAUAAUAUCAUACGAACGAAUAUUAAAUCAGCCGUCCAUUCCAG